CCUAAGCAAUAAUACCGGGUCCAAGGACAAACAUGCAUCCUGUUAAUUCGUUACAUAAAUUCUGUCUUUGGUUUCAUGCCAAUAUUGAAGACAGAAACUGGAAAGAAACUUGUUAGUGCAAUCACAAUACAAAAACAAUGGCGGAUGAUGCCGAUGCUAAGGCUGGAUGUGAGCGUAUAUUUAAACGCUUUGAUUACAAUGGUGAUGCCAAAGUCUCACUGACCGAGUUCGCGGAUGCACUUCAAGCACUCGGCACUUCUUCGCCGGAGGAAGUGCGUCAACGAAUGGACGAGAUCGAUAUGGAUCAUGAUGGGUUCAUUUCACUGGAGGAGCUCUUCGCCUUCCAACGUGCCAACCCUGAUUUAAUGAAGGAAGUCGUCAAGAAACUUUCACCGUAAAACGAUUUGUAUCAUAUUUAUGCAUCAUGUCUCUCAAAAAAAUUAUACCUUAUCGAUCGCUUGUGUAAAUGUGUAAUAUAUAUAAUGUGUUACAAACAUGUGUUAUAUUUAUAUAAUGUGACGAAUAAUUAAAUCUCGGAUAAACUUCUUCUUUUGUACUAAUUUAGUGGUUCAUGGAUCAUUCAUAAGCUUCCCUGCCUUUAUAUAUAUAAAACUACUAGCUUUUCUGGGUUCAUUAAUGUA